GCGCAUGCGCGGAGCCGGUAGUCGGCGGGGCAGCCCCGGGGGGUUGGCUGCGCCGGGUCCUGGUCCCACCGGCCUCCUUCUCUGGUCUCCGCCCCAAGCCGCUCCCACACAGACGCCAAGAUUUCCCCGGGCCUCGGCUCGCGCCUGCCUGCAGAGCGGGAGCGCCGCCGCCGGUGAUCUGAGCGAAAGCGGUGCCGUUUCCAAGAUGUCGCAGACGGCCAUGUCUGAAACCUACGACUUUUUGUUUAAGUUCUUGGUUAUUGGAAAUGCAGGAACUGGAAAGUCUUGUUUACUUCAUCAGUUUAUUGAAAAGAAAUUUAAAGAUGACUCAAAUCAUACAAUAGGAGUGGAAUUUGGCUCAAAGAUAAUAAAUGUUGGUGGUAAAUAUGUAAAGUUACAAAUAUGGGAUACAGCAGGCCAAGAACGAUUCAGGUCUGUAACGAGAAGUUACUACAGAGGUGCAGCAGGAGCUCUCCUGGUCUAUGACAUCACUAGCCGAGAAACCUACAAUGCGCUUACUAAUUGGUUAACAGAUGCCAGAAUGCUAGCGAGUCAGAAUAUCGUCAUCAUCCUCUGUGGAAACAAGAAGGACCUGGAUGCUGAUCGAGAAGUCACUUUCCUUGAGGCCUCCAGAUUUGCUCAAGAAAACGAGCUGAUGUUUUUGGAAACAAGUGCACUAACAGGGGAGAAUGUAGAAGAGGCUUUUGUACAGUGUGCAAGAAAAAUACUUAACAAAAUUGAAUCAGGUGAAUUGGACCCGGAAAGAAUGGGCUCAGGUAUUCAGUAUGGAGAUGCUGCCUUGAGACAGCUGAGGUCCCCGCGUCGCUCACAGACCCCAAAUGCUCAGGAGUGUGGUUGUUAGAAAUAGCACAAGAAUAUAUAUAUAUAUAGAGAGAGAG